CACUGAUGAUGUGUUUCUUUUGUUUGCGUGUGUGAGUGAUGUCUCCGCCAUUGGAACUCAUUUAAGCCGAGAACUGAAAUAGGUUGUACCUUUCAUAAAUCGGCAAAAAUCUUUACAAUCUUCCUUUCUUUACUUGUAAUAUUUAGUCAUAUUCCGUGCACAAACAUUCUAUCCGAUGGCAGACAGAGACACAGAUGAGUUAAACAUCGACAAUGUCAUAAAAAAAUUACUAAAAGUCCGGGGCGAGAAGCCUGGCAUGAAUGUACAGUUAACGGAAAUCGAGAUCAAAGGGCUAUGCUUAAAAUCGCGGGAAAUAUUCUUAUCACAGCCCAUAUUACUUGAAUUGGAAGCCCCUCUAAAAAUAUGCGGUGACAUCCACGGACAGUACUAUGACUUGCUCCGGCUCUUUGAAUACGGAGGCUUCCCGCCCGAGUCCAACUACCUGUUCCUCGGAGACUACGUGGACCGUGGGAAGCAGUCGCUGGAGACCAUCUGCCUGUUGCUAGCAUACAAGAUCAAAUAUCCGGAGAACUUCUUCUUAUUACGGGGGAACCAUGAGUGUGCUAGCAUUAAUAGGAUUUAUGGAUUCUACGACGAGUGCAAACGGAGGUAUAACAUCAAGCUAUGGAAAACGUUCACAGACUGCUUCAACUGCUUACCCGUCGCAGCUAUAGUUGACGAGAAGAUCUUCUGUUGCCACGGCGGUCUCUCACCGGACCUGCAGGCCAUGGAGCAGAUCCGGCGGAUCAUGCGGCCCACCGACGUGCCCGACCAGGGGCUGCUGUGCGACCUGCUGUGGUCCGACCCCGACAAGGACACCACAGGAUGGGGCGAGAACGACCGCGGCGUCAGCUUCACCUUCGGCACCGAGGUGGUGGGCAAGUUCCUGUCGAAGCAUGAGUUCGAUCUGAUCUGCCGCGCGCAUCAAGUGGUUGAAGACGGUUACGAGUUCUUCGCCAAGCGACAGUUGGUUACUCUAUUCUCGGCGCCCAACUACUGCGGCGAGUUCGACAACGCGGGUGCCCUGAUGUCUGUGGACGAGACGCUGAUGUGCUCGUUCCAGAUCCUGAAGCCGGCCGACAAGCGCAAGCUGUACUCCGGCCUCAACAUGGGCCGCCCCAACACCCCGCCGCGCGCGCAGCCCAAGAACAAGAAGAACUAACCGGCUGUGCUCGUGCGCGCCCGCAUGGACCGCUCCCUCCGUGUGCUCUAUUGGCAUCCCGCGACCCCGGCGUGUGCCAAACAACCCACCAGGGUCUACACUUCACCUGGGCAUUCACAAACAAAAUCACUCCUACAUACCACCCUGUAUAUACAGGGUGACCGACACCAUAUGCCACCCUGUAUUAUACAGGGUAACCGACACCCAAGUUAUUUUAUUUGUCAAUGUCUACCCUCUUAGAGAGCGUUCUUCUUAGAUAUAACCUCGGAUAACGAUCCGAUAGUUUAUAAGCGUUAGGCCUAGCCUUCGAGCCUAAGUCGUUUUCUAGCGUUGACUGUCUCUCGGCGUAGUUAAACCUCCUGCAGGCGACUCAUUCGUAUUUAACCGUCAAUAGAGUGCACUUUUCAUUGUAUUUUUUACUUAUGGACUUUCCAUUAUUUUUUUUUAAUGUUUUUAAAAAUGAAAUUCUAGCAAUCAAGUCUUAUUUACCAGUACUCUGUUGCGUUGUUCGUUAUUGCGGUCGUCUUAGAGUUCAAUAUUGCUCGCAUUGACCAACAAUUGCUGGAAAAUUGUGUUCGGCGUUUAGACAUGAGCAUACGAGAUUGCAAAUCGUCAGUGUUGCCAUCCUUUCCGUAUUUAUUUGUCUUGUCUGUGGCGAUUUGUGUAACGACCUUCUUUCUUAAAGGCUUAAACUCUUGAAAGAGAUUUUAUUUACAAUAAUGUUAUACAGGGUGACAUGGGAUACCUACCUGAUCAAGUAUUGGAAAGGUUUUGUUAGUUUUUUUUAAUUGUUUACGAUACAUUUGAGAAUAAAAAACUUAUUUGUUAAGUUUCCGUUGUAAGGGCUAUAAUAAUUUGUUCAUGUUAACUAUCGCUUUGAAUUAGUAAAAAUUAAAUAGUGAUCACGACUCAAAUGUCAUCCUGUAUAACAUAGCUAAGCCAGUGUCGCGCGUAGUGAUAAAUUUAUUUAAAAAGCAGUAAUGUACGGCCCGGGUUCCCUGCGUAAUUUAAAAUGUGGAAGAAUGUCUCGUGAAUACAAAAUAAAAUGUAAUUGUCUGUGCGUAUGACUGCGUAUGUGUGUGUAUUCAAUAUCCAACUGGUUAAUGUAAGUUAGUGCGAUCUACGUUGACACUGAUAUAUCGUUAAACUGAACGUCAACCCUUUGGUCGCUAAGGACGUCAAAAGACGCGCGCGGCUACAGCCCAAUAUCAACCUUCGUGCUCUAUGACAAGGUUCAAUAUGGCGUUCAAAGGGACUAAAUUAGUUCCAUUGGCUGACAUUUUUUAACCUUUUCGACGCCGUGUCAAACACAAAAGCUGUCACUCGGACGCCACGUCACCGAAGUGUCAAAACUGAAAUUGAACUUUAUGCAUUGUUGCUCUGUGGUCUGUGACCGAUUAAUCUGUCUUUGGCGUUGAAUCUGCGGUGCGGAUAUAUCGGUCAUUGGCGUCCAAAAGGUUAAAUACUAUGACUGUAUCAAACAAGUAUAAGGCUCUCCUUAUAGGAAGCUGUUAACAAGCCUAUGUCACAUAACAUUAUUAUUUUGUGUUUGUUACAAACGCAAACAAAUCUUUGCUAAUUUUUGUCUGUAUAAAACACAAAUGACAAAAAUAAUGACAAACGAUUAUCAACAGCUUAUUGGACAGACGUUUAUUAAUAACGCCAUAAAUGAGUAUUAUAACAAUGGAAAUAAUAAUUUCUAAAUUUACUUGAGGUCAGGAAUGGAACUUCACGAUAUAACGCACUGUGGAACGCCGCCAUACUUGUGUUGAUACAUGUGAAUUUUGUUUUUCGAUGAUAACUUUUCAUGUACACAAAGAUUUGUACAAUUUGGUCGGGAUAGUCCUGAACAGAUUCCCAAGAACAGAACAAUCUCAUGUAACAAGUAUGGCGUCGUUCCACAGUGUGACGUCACGAAUACCAGUGUCAGUGUUGCCCCGCGUCGGUCUGAUCUCUUAUACUAAUCGGAUUAGUGCCCCAACACGAUGGAGAUUAUUUAGUUAACUAAUGGAGCGAUUACACUCGUCACUUCGCUGUACAGAUGUAGUGCAUAAUUAUUUUCCAUCGUAUUUUCACGGAAACGUACGAACGUGUCUUGCUACAAAAGCAAGACACGAGACAUUUCAGUCAGUUACGGUUAAAAAGGUACUGAGGUUGACUGAAGUAGCAUGACAAAUACGAACGUUUCCGAGACAAUACGAAGGAAAACAACAGCAUUACAUCUGUAUGUUACAUGUGUAUAUAAGAUUACGAAUGUCAGUGCGACCUCGGUUCACAUCAAGGACCUUUCUUAAAGCCGUUACAGACGGGCGUACCGGACUGCGACCUUCCGGUUAGCAUAUCUCUUUCUCUCACUUAUAGCUGCGUCCUUAACGGACCUUUCACACGAUCGGACUGGACCAGAAUCGCGGUCGGGUAUGCCCGUCCGUUACGGCCUUAACGUUGAAUUUGUUUCUUAAGGCGAUGGGAUUUGUGUAAACGCGUCAUUAUCCGAUAGUAACCGAGAUCAGUAUAUAAAAGAUCGAUGACAGAAAUGUAAUGAUAAUAUUGGAAAUAAUUGAUAAAGUAUAAUAAGUAGUAAGCAUAAAUAAUUUAAACGACGCAUAGUAUGUUGAAGGCAGAACAAACCGUCCCCCGUAUAGUGGUCGGACUUAGCAACUGAUGUAGUGCUUUUAGCAAUAAACUCUUAUACAACCUUAAGCUGUAUAAUUUC